CUAGAAUGAAGCCAAGUGUGAAUGAAAUAAAACUGGAAUGGAAAAAAGUCUUAACCAAUCCCCGUUGAGGAGGUCUUUAAGAUAUCUUCCUCGGAGCUGGUCGGGAUGAGCGGUGGUGGGACGGAGACCCUGGUGGGUUGUGAGGCCACUGCAGGUGGCGGUGACAAGAAGAAGGACUCUCUGGGGUUCGCGGGCUUGCCGGCGCACCUCAUUAUCAAGGAUCUUGGAGAAAUUCAUUCAAGGCUCUUAGAUCACAGACCAGUUAUCCAAGGUGAAACCCGUUAUUUUGUGAAAGAAUUUGAAGAAAAACGUGGUCUUCGAGGAAUGCGAGUUCUUGAAAAUCUGAAGCAUAUGAUCCAGGAGACAAAUGAACAUACUUUUCCGAUGUGUGGAGCAACAAUGCAAGACAACUUAAACCAAGUUCUCCAGAGACUGCAAGCAGCUACUGACUCGGUCUGCAGACUCCAGCAGAGGGAACAGGAGCGAAAAAAGAUUCAUAAUGACCUUUUGAUAGCUAGUGAGAAACAGCACGUGACGCAGUGGGAGGAUUUCAUGAAAGAGCAGCGCGGCAAGCAGGCAGAAGUGGACGGGGAGCAUAGGAAGGCCCUGGAGAAGCUCAGAGAGCAGUAUGCUGAGAUGGAGAAGGGCCUGGCCAGUGAGCACGUGAGCCACAGCAGUGAGAAACUACCGAGGAAAAACUGACCAAGAAACUGCUCCCACCCAACCAGUUAGCCUCUGCUUCACGCUUAGCAAUAUAUUCGAUGGCACUCUUCUGUCGGAAGACGGAGCCCUCUCCUGGAGCCUUCGCUGUUUCCUAGAGGAGUGCCACAUCUUUCCAGUUUCAAGUGCCUCUAAAUGAUCCUUCGAAGGGGAAGAAGUUGGAGGAAAGCGGUGUCCACAUGCUCUUGGUUAAUGUGGACCAGUCGUGGUUUCCAUUGAUUGAUUAUCUCAGAGAACUAACCGUAAGUACAGACUUCUUAGGGAAGUAAUGUAAUUCAUCCUUCUGCAGGGUUAAUGUUAGUUUAUCAUUGUGGCUUAGAAAGCAGAGAUGGUGUCUGCCUGUCAUGGCCUCCUUGGCUCUUGAAGGAAUGUAUAUGGUGUUAUUCCAUGAGUAAUGUAGACAGAAACAGCUGUCCCGGGAGCAGAGAUCAUAGUGAAGAGAGAGGAGCGUCAGAACCACGUCUCUGCUGUGACAUGGGGCCACGCUGGUCUCUGAACAGUUCACUGGGAGAAGUUGUCGUAUAAUGCCGUGUUUUCGCUGGACAAUAAGACACGCUUGUUAAGAUUGUGGCCUUCCAACACUUCAUGUUUUCAGCUUUGUUUAAAACAUGCUUACAAAGAAAAGAUUACCAGAAACACAGUUGACUUUGAA